UCACGAGUUGAAGGUCUUUAAAGCCCUCUCCACCUUUGGGUCUGACGGGAGGGAUUACAACAGUGCUUGCUGUCGGACUCAGAUCUGGUCCUCUUCCAAACUCACUGACGGUCACACACACACACACACACACACACACACGCACACACAGCAGGACAAUGCCCGAGGCUGAUGUGCUGUAUUCUGAUGUCAGCUUCGCAAGAGCGACGGGGGGCGCCAAGGAGACCACGUCCUCAUCAGCUGAAACGACCUAUUCUGAAAUUAAUGUCUUGAAAACCCAGCCGCCCGCGGAGCCGCCCGUGUAUAAAUACAUUCAAAUCACAGAAUGCCUCCAAAUGCUGAAAGCAGACUAUGAUGCUGUGGAUACAAAUCUCACAGAGAGGCACGGGAAAACCAAACCAAGCCACACGGUGCAGCCUACGUGCCCGAAACCUCCUGGAGCAAAAAUCGGUGGCACGUGUCUGAAGUGCGACAGGGGCUGGGAGCCGCAUGGGGGGACGUGCUACUAUUUCUCCGGCGGUAGAGCGACCUGGGAGGUGAGCAGAGAUGAAUGCGUACGGCUGGGCGGAGACCUGGUUCAGAUAAACGGCGUGGAGGAGCAGGUAAAGCGCGCUGCUGCGCGUUCACGUUUUUCCGCAUGUUUCCUCGCGUCUCACGGGGUCAAUGUCGUCCACUUUUUUCCUCUCCAGAGAUUCCUGGUCGAUAGACUGAGAGAAAAAAUGAAGUAUUCUGAGGACAAGUUCUGGAUCGGACUGACGGACUCAGAGCACGAGGGCAGAUGGUUGUGGGUUAACGGCUCGUCGCCGGACCCAAGUCUGACUUUCUGGAGCGGCUCUGAGCCGGACAACUGGACCGGGGAGAAUAGCGACGGAGAGGACUGCCUGAGGAUGGGGGAGAAGUACGGAGCUCGGGACCUGAAGUGCUGGUUUGAUAAAUCCUGCAAAGUGCCUCACAAAAGCAUCUGCGAGAAACAACAAGGCACUGGACAUUAUAUGGUCACAUGUGUCUGAAAUCUAGUUGAGCUCCAGGCUGCAGCCGGUUCAACGACCUGUGGCACGGUGCUGGUUUUUUCUUUUAAGUUAGUGUCAAAAAACAAUGGAGGAGCUCGCAAACGUUUGAAACCGCGUCUACUCCUUCCUCACCUAGAGUCCAUGGACAUUAUAUAUCGCCGAACGCAAGACGUCUCCUACCUUCAC